CGCGUUCUCUUCUUUGCCUACGCAGAUCUUUCACCAACCUUCUGAAAUUCAUUUCUUCUCUGAAAAAACAGAAGUGACAGAGGUCAUGCCGGCCGAUUGGGGUCCGGUGCUGGUGGCGACGGUGCUGUUUGUGCUGUUGAGUCCGGGGUUACUGUUUCAGAUUCCUGCUAAGGGCAGGGUGGUUGAGUUCGGCAAGAUGAAUACCAGCGGCGCUUCUAUCCUUGUGCACGCUAUCAUCUAUUUCGGUCUCAUAACCAUCUUCCUCAUUGCCAUCGGAAUUCACAUAUACGCUUCUAAUUGAUCUUAUCCUUUUAUUUUUUUCGCUUUUAUGUUGGAUUUGUAACAUUAAUCUGUAUUGAUCCAGAAUCAUGGAAGUUAUUUUUAGUUUAUCCUUGAAUAUCAGUCUAGGAUUUUC